AUGGAGUAUCUCUGUGAUGAUCUCACUUCUCUGCGAUCGGCAGCCUUGGUGAACAAGUCCUGGGCUGCGGAAGCCAUCAGUGUCCUUUGGCAAAAGCCGCCGGUGGCAGCUUUGGCCUCGAGCCUAGAUCACCACCGCCAAUUCUACGCGCGUCAGGUUCGUGAGCUGAAUUUUGGGGGUCAAGAGGAUGGAAAACAACAUACAUGUUUCCGUACCCUAGAGUUCCCAAGGCUAAAGCGCCUGACAAUCGACUUGUAUGUUCCAGAAAAUGGAGAAAAAUUAUGGCUUGGUCAAUACAUACAACCGAGCUUGGAGGAAUUCAGGUUUUACGGGUCUGAGCCGGCUGAAGACUUACUCAACCUUCUGGAAACCCGUUGUCCACGAUUACAGAGCGUUUUGAUCGAUUAUGCAUUCGAGGGGAUAAACACCGACCGCCUAAUAAAAUUCUUUGACGGUUGCAGAUCUCUGAGAUCAAUUCGUCUUCCAUCUUUUAUGGACGCCUUCGUCGACGACCAGAUGCUUGCCUACCUUGCCCGUCAUAAUGGUCUGGAGGACUUGGAACUGGGAAAGACCAUCACCUAUGGGAUGAUUGAGAGGGCCAUGGAUGGGGUAGAGGCUCCUUUUAAGUCUAUCCGGCGCCUCACAGUUCAAUUGAGAUCGAAAGCAGUCGAACCCCUCACUGCAGCCAUCAAAUCUGCUACUAAUCUUGUACUUACCGUUGACGAUAACGAACUGAGCCCCUUUCCACUGGUUAGGUCACUCACCAAGCUUACUGAACUUGAGAUUGCAUUUUGCCAGGACGGACUUUGGCCGGCCACAGACCUACUUGCACUUAAAGGAUUGAAGAAUUUACGCAGACUGUGUAUAUCUUCAUUCGAGGACCCCCCAGCGUUCCCCGCACUCACAGACCAAGAGUUCAUCCAGAUUUUCGAGGAUAUGCGUGACCUUCAGGACUUGGUAUUCCAGGUUCAGUGCAAAUUGUCAAUAGUAGCGAUCACUUCGCUGGGAACGCAUUGUCGUGAACUUGAAUCUUGUGAGAUAUUUGGCUCCUAUGACUUGCAUGGCUGGUCAACCAUCGAACGACCGCUCUUUCCACACUUAAGGCAGCUUGAACUCGGAGCAGCGGUGCCUGAGGAGCGAGUAUCACGGUCAUCCUCAAUGAGCACACAUGCCCAGGUGGUCGCACAACUAAUCGCGGAGCAUGCGCCGAACCUGGAAGAAUUUUACCUACAGGAUCAUGAUGAGUUUUCCAACGAGGUGGUGACAGCAUUCAAAGCCCAGACUGGGAACAAAUACAACUCAUAG